AUGGGCUCGGAGCAGGUGAGGUCGGAGGAUCAGGGCAUGAAGCACCCACAGAGCCCGUACGCGCACUGGAGCAUGGAGAACCGCAUCAAGAUUCAGGGCGAGCUGAAGAGCGCUGGCAAGCCUGUGGACUUCGCGUCCGUCUCCAAGGCGGUCGGCGCGGCCUGGAGCUUGCUGACCGACGAGGAGAAGGCGCCGUACGUGACCCGCUACGAGGAGCUCAAGAAGGUCUGGGAGGCGGCGCGGGACGCCUACCGUCAGUACCAGAAGGAUCACGCCAAGAACCGAGAGGUGUCGGACGCGCAGCGGGCGCUCUUUCGGAGGCAGCUGCAGGCAACGAGGACGGCCAUGAAGUCGGCGAUGAAGGCGAAGAAGCCAGGCGCGGCGAAGGAGCACAAGGUGGCGCCGAAGAAGCGGGCGAAGGCCGGCGAGGUGGCCACCCCCGAGCCGAAGGCCCUGGCCUGCCCAGAGGACACCCCGGCGGCGCCGACCCAGCGGUACCUCGCGGACCCGGCGGCCACGCAGGAUCAUAAAACGUCGAUGCCAAGGCCUGGGGCGCCCGCGAAGCGGAGCAGGGCCGCGGCCGGCAGCGGCGCCUGA